AUGUCGGCUUCGGCUAUUUAUAUUCUGGAUCUAAAGGGAAAGGUACUGAUAUCUCGAAACUAUCGUGGUGAUAUUGAAAUGAAUAUAAUCGAAAAGUUUAUGCAGUUAUUACUUGAAAAAGAAGACGAAUCGCAGUUAUCACCAAUUGUUCAACAUGGUGACGUGGCAUUUGUUUACAUCAAAUACAAUAAUGUUUACUUGGUGUGUACGACCAAAAUUAAUGCUAAUGUUAUUCUUGUAUUAUCAUUUUUGUAUAAAUGUGUCCGAGUAUUUAACGAAUACUUUAAAGAACUAGAAGAAGAGAGUAUCCGUGAUAAUUUUGUUAUUGUUUAUGAACUAUUAGAUGAAUUAAUGGAUUUUGGUUUUCCACAAUCGACCGAUAGUAAAAUUUUACAAGAAUAUAUUACACAAGAAGGGCACAAAUUAGAAGAUGUCAGACCACCACCGGCUUUAACACAUACCGUCAGUUGGAGAUCAGAUGGAAUCAAAUAUCGAAAAAAUGAAGUGUUUUUAGAUGUUAUCGAGUCCGUUAAUUUAUUAGUUAGUUCAAAUGGUAACGUGUUACGAAGUGAAAUAAAUGGUUCAAUCAAAAUGCGUGUUUAUCUAAGCGGAAUGCCUGAAUUGAGAUUGGGCUUAAAUGAUAAAAUUUUAUUUGAAUCUACCGGACGUACAAAAAACAAAGGCGUCGAAUUAGAAGAUGUCAAAUUUCAUCAAUGUGUCCGAUUAUCUCGUUUUGAAAAUGAUCGUACAAUUUCAUUUGUACCACCCGAUGGAGAAUUUGAAUUAAUGUCAUAUAGGUUAAAUACACAGGUAAAACCAUUAAUUUGGAUAGAAAGUGUCAUUGAAAAACAUGAACAUUCCCGAGUCGAGUAUAUGAUCAAAUCUAAAUCUCAAUUUAAACGUCGAUCCACAGCGAAUAAUGUUGAAAUUUAUAUUCCCGUACCAUCAGACGCUGAUACUGGUCGAUUUAAAGCAACAUGUGGAAAUGUCAAAUAUGUUCCAGAAAAAAAUUCAAUGAUUUGGACCAUUAAAUCGUUUCCAGGUGGUAAAGAAUUUUUGAUGCGUGCUCAUUUCAAAUUGCCAAGUGUGUUAAGUGAAGAAUUAGAAGCUAAACCACCUAUUCAAGUCAAAUUUGAAAUACCAUAUUUUACAACCUCUGGAAUACAGGUUCGGUAUUUGAAAAUAAUUGAAAAAAGUGGUUAUCAAGCCUUGCCAUGGGUACGUUAUAUAACACAAAAUGGAGAUUAUCAGAUUCGAACAUCGUGA